AUUUAUAUCACACCCAUCAGCGUCCAAGUGUCCAACAACAAGCUUAACUCUCUUUCUCACACACACAAACACUCACUCUGUUUCAGUGUUUCUCUCCCCUGCUAUCUCCAAACAGAACGUGAUUUCUGCUACUUUUGCGCGUGUGCAUUCUCCCUUCACACCUAGCACUAUUAGACUCGGUGUUAUUGGAUUACCCCCCCUCCCCCAAAGCCCUUUUGCAGCCCGUACACUGAGUCAAACGCAAACCUUUCUUUUUCUUCACAAACCCAAUAAAACACCAAAAAUCAAUUUUUUCUUCAUCCCAUAAAAAAAGCACCUUUUUUACCCAUAAUUCAGCUGAAUUUUGGUACAAGAUGGGUGCAGGUGAUUACUACAAGAUCCUCAAAGUGAACCAUAAUGCCACAGAUGAGGAGCUGAAGAGGGCAUAUAAGAGGUUGGCCAUGAAAUGGCACCCAGAUAAGAAUCAUCAACAACAACAUAGUGUUAAGAAAGAAGAAGCCGAGGCCAAGUUCAAGCAGAUUUCAGAGGCUUAUGAUGUUCUUAGCGACCCCAAGAAGCGCCAGAUCUAUGAUUUCUAUGGCCACUAUCCCCUUAAGGUGAACAAGGAAAACAGUGAUGGGGGUGUUAGGAUUUCCAAUGGUGAAAAAGAACGAGUGGUGGAGAGCAAAUUGGUGUGUACCCUUGAGGAACUUUACAAAGGUUGCAAGAGGAAGUUGAGGAUCUCAAGGGCUGUUACUGACGAAUUUCGUCAGUUGAAGACUUUGGAAGAGGUCUUGAAAAUAGAUAUUAAACCUGGUUGGAGGAAGGGCACAAAAAUAACAUUUCCUGGAAAAGGCAACCAAGCAGCAGGAACUACUACUGCUGAGGAUCUAAUCUUUGUGGUGGAUGAGAAACCUCAUGCUUUUUUCAAGAGGGAUGGCAAUGAUUUGGUAGUCACACAGAAAAUCUUGCUUGUAGAGGCUCUUGUGGGAAAAACUCUCCACUUGACAACCUUGGAUGGAAGAGACCUCACAAUUCAUGUGACAGAUAUUGUGAAACCAGGCUAUGUGUUGGUGGUCCCAAAUGAAGGAAUGCCCAUUACAAAGGAACCUGGUAAGAAAGGAAACUUAAGAAUCAAGUUUGAUGUUAUGUUCCCAUCAAGGCUUACCACACAGCAGAAGCAUGAGCUGAAAAAGAUUCUGAGCAAUACUGAUUAGUCAUAACUAAUUCAAUCUCUUAUGUCCAUUUCCUUUCUCUCAAUUAACACUGACUUACAUGAGAGGUCAGUUCACAAUGUAAAUAUUUAAAUACACAUUUAGUCUUAGUUACGAAAAUUGUGCAUAAUACAAAUAAUCCAAGCAUGUCGCUACCAUGUCUGCAGUGUGGUGUGGCUUUGGAAAAUAAGCGAUUUCAGCAGCAAAUAGGGUCUUGGAUUUUGUGUAAUAAA